AUGCCUGAGACAACAUCAGAAACCCAGGCUCGUCAGAAGCAGGAGGAUAAAGCUGAGAAGAAGGCAGCGGCAGCCAGGAAGAGAGCUGAAAAGGAGGCGGCAGCACAGGCAAAACAGGCAGCACAAGCUGGAAAACGCAAGCGUGACGAUCACGAUGAUAUGGAUGAGUCGGAAGAAGAGGAGGCCGAUGUGGCUGCAAUCAAUGACUCCGAUGGUGAAGAUGCCACAGCCAAUGCAGCAAUGACCACCACGGUACAAGCCACUGUUGCAACUCCUCCAGCCAGGUCCGUGGCAAAGUCCGUAACGGCCACUUCUCCAGCCGCAGCUCCAGCCACCACCGCUACCGCAGCUACAGCCACCACUGCUACGGCCCCAGCUACAGCCACCACUGCUACGGCCCCAGCUACAGCCACAGCUGCUACGGCCGCCCCUGCCAGAGUCACCCCAUGCAAACCACAACCAAAGACCCAUGUGGACUUUGCCAACAUCGAUAUUGUUGAUCUCACUGCUACGGAAGAGCAGAUUACUGCUACUACCAAAAGCAUGCAGAUGCCAUCUGCAAAUGAUCUCCCUUUGCAGGACCCACUCCCAAAGCUCCGGGUUCUACAAGAUAUGUCAAACCUGCUGACGAUGCUUGGAUUGCUGCCCACACAUACAAAUUUCAAUUGGCUCAGCAACUGGCAACCGACUUGGCUGUGA